AGGGGCUCGCGGGCCGUCCAAAGUGAGAAGACACUGGACGGGCCCGGCCAACUUCAGUUUCGGGAGCCAGAGUGAGCGUGUUGGGUGGUCUGCUGCGCGUCGGGCUCUGGGUGCAGAGGUUCCUAGUUUGUCCCGAUUUGGUUGUGGCGGUCGAGAUGUUCUCCUCCCAAGUUGGGACCCGGCCAAGGACGUGGGAAGCCAGCCCCUCAGAGCACAAGAGAUGGGUGGAAGUAUUCAAAGUAUGUGAUGAAGAUAACAAAGGUUAUCUCAGCAGAGAGGACUUUAAAGUUGCUGUAGUGAUGCUGUUUGGGUACAAGCCUUCCAAGAUAGAAGCCGAUGCUGUGAUGUCUUCAGUAACUCCAAACAUUUCUGGUAUAUCACUUGAGGAGUUUUUAACUAUUGUAAGGAAAAAGAAGGAAGCUCAGCUAUAUCGGAAUGAAAUGAGACACAUCUUCACAGCUUUUGACAGAUACUAUCGUGGAUAUUUAACUUUGGAAGAUUUCCAAAAAGCAUUCAAGCAGGUGGCUCCCAAGUUACCAGAAAGGAUUAUUCUCGAGGUUUUCCGGGAAGUAGAUCAAGACUCGGAUGGCCAUGUCAGCUUUAAAGACUUUGAAUAUGCCAUGAAUUGUGGACAAAGAUGAAGCCUGACUAUGCUUUUGGCAACUGCUGGGGAGUUGCCAAAACUGACUAUGCUUUUGGCAACUGACUACGCUUUUGGCAACUUCUGGGGAGACCAAUAGAUUGUAAUGUACUUAAAUGUCAAAAUUUCAUUCUACCAAUAUGCAAUGCUGCCUACUUGCGAUUAAACUCUUCAUCAUGGUUUUCAGAGGCUAAUAAUUGCUCCCAUCUCAGAAUCCUUGAGGUCUUCAUUAAGUUCAUUCCAUGUGGCUAGUGGCCCCUCCUCGCCACUCUCAACCCCCUACUCUGCAGGCUGGGGUGCUCCACUCCCCUACUCCUUGCCACCCUCCCUCCCCCGUUUCCCAUCAGUUCCUAAUUUCGGGAGAGGAGCCACUUUUUCCUGCUAAUGAGCCAGUUUCUUUCAUGCAUUCAACUUGGUUGAACAAAUAAUAGCACCUGCCUGUACUGCAUGCUCACUGUGUUCCAAGUAAUGAGCAAGGCAUUGGGAAAACAAAGCCUUAAGGCUUUUCUAGAUAAUGUACCCAGAGUCAAAGGCAUCAUGGAAAACGGGCCCCAGGGCACGGGCUCUGCCGGACUGAAACCAGAUUGGACUGACUCGUACCAGACUGGGCUGACACGAGUCAGUCCGUCCUCUCCAGCUGCAUACAGAGGAAGAUCGGAGUGGAGUGAAAGUACUGGGGGAAGGACUUAGUUGUGAACUUUUAUGAGGGCCUGGGCCAGUGACUACUCUACUGGAACAGAAACUGUUGACACUGGACAUUCAGCAUUUAUUUUAAAUAAAUACAAGCCUCAAAACAAAUAUUUUAUCUCUACAUGUUCAGAAUUGCUCACAUUAACAACGUGAGGAAAAUAACAUAAUUCAAACUACAAAACUAUUAAAUAUUUCAAGAUCGAGUAAAAAUGUAAGUUUGUAAAAUAGAACCAUUAACAUGCAUCUUUCUAACACAAAUUAUGAGCAGAUAAACUUAGUAGAAAUAAGGUCUGAAACUGUCAUGAAUCAGGGGAGCCUAAACAAACGUAAUAGCUAAAUGUAAUUUAGUAUUCAGGAUGGGAUCCUAAAACAAAAAAGGACAUUAGGUAAACAGUA